CAUUACCCUAAUUUUUCGUUAUUCACCACUACUCCAUAUUUGUUUACUAUUACCAUCACAAUGAAACUUAUUAGUCUCCUCGUCAUCGGCCUUCCCGUCGUGUCAGCCAACUACCCAUGGUGGACAAACAGCGGCUGGGACAAACCAGCCGAUUUCAACAGUAAAGAAUGUGCUGGCAACCCCAAUGUCAAUUACUUCUGCGGCACUCUAUCUGGCACAAAGGGUGAGAACCCAGAGCCACACGCAUUCCCUUGGCGACGCUAUACCUGCUCUUUGGCAGAUACUCUAGGGCGGGGAUGCAACUGGGAGGGUGCUGUUGGAAGUGUUAUUUGUUGUUAAAACUGCUUAGUUAUGCUUUAAUAACCUUAUCUAGCCCAGCUCUCUAGAAAUCAUCCUCAAGCUACUCCUGAUGUACCUUUAUCCUAGCCUCUAUAUUGCAUUUACUUUAGGGAUGAAACUUCUCUGUUACUGCUUAUGUUCCUGAGCUGUCAAGUUAUUCAUACGUCUGCGCAUUAUCCCAUUUAUCAUAAUAUUAAAUACUUCCU